UCCAAUCACAAGUUCAAUUCAUUCAAUUAACAGUUUCUACAAAUCACUUGUUUCAUCAUUCAUGGAUCGGUUUCAAGAUCUUCCUCAUGAUAUUGCACUUCAAUGCUUUAUUCGAGUUCCUUUCAAUCAGUUUCAUACUAUCCGAUCAGUAUGUAAGGCUUGGAAAGCUGAGGUUCACUUGCCUGAGCUGCUCCGGCUCCGGAAUUCCACUGGAAAUGCUCAAUCUCUCGUGGUUCUCUCUCAGAAGAAGGCGAAUCCGGCCGGAAAAAGGAAGUGUUCGGAUGUUCCGGUGUACCGGUUGGUUGUUUUGGAGCCGGAGACGGGUAACUGGUCGGAGAUGCCGUGUUUACCGGAGUUUGAAAACGGGUUGCCGUUGUUUUGUCGGAUGGUUGCUGUCGGGUCGGAUCUUGUUGUUAUGGGCGGGUACGACCCACGGACUUGGGACUGUCUUAAUUCGGUUUUUAUUUUUGAUUUUCUGUCGUCCAAGUGGCGUCCUGGUGCUGACAUGCCUGGUGGGCCCAGAUCGUUUUUCGGUUGUGCGAGUGAUGGUGAUCGGACGGUGUUUGUUGCCGGUGGGCAUGAUCUCGAAAAAAACGCGCUUAAAUCCGUAUGGGCGUACGACGUGACAAACGAUAAUUGGACCCAAUUACCUGACAUGGCAAAAGAGCGUGACGAGUGUGAAUGCUUGUUCUACCGUGGCAAGUUCCAUGUCAUCAAUGGGUAUUCAACAAACAUGCAAGGUCAGUUCCAUCAGAGCAUUGAGGUAUUUGAGACGUCUGCUAGAAAGUGGUUAGAAAGCAAUGGCGUGUUAUCAGAUACCACACACCCUCCAAAAAUUUAUGUUGAAGGUACCGAUAAAAAGCUAUACACGUGUCAUGCUAAUGACAUAGUCGUGGUAGAAGAUGACACUUGGCGGUCUGUUGCAAGACUACCUGAUGAGGUGACAAACAUGUCGUACCUAGUAUCAUUCCCUGGACAUCUCUUGUUGAUCGGUACGCCAAAAUACGGAGAGCCUAGCAAUGCUUAUAAGAUGGAUUUAAAUGAGCGUGUAUGGACGAAAGUCCACGUACCAGUUGAGUAUUCUGGUCAUGUUGAGUCUGCUUGUUGUUUGAUUAUUUGA